AUGCCGUUGAAUCUGGUAGCCUUUGAAAGUCAGAAGGGUAUUGCUUGGCUUACGCGUUUAGUUGAGCAUAAAAUAACUCCAAGCGGAUUGGCUUCUGUUUGGGAUGAGUUCUUGUCCUGUUUCAGACAUAUAUAUUUUGACUGUCUUCUAUGUGUAACUUUUCUUAUUUGUUUCAGAAAUGGGGGUUCAUUAACAUCAACUGUAAGAACACUUCUAUUCUUCACAGCUCUAAUGAUCACAUUACCUGUUGGGCUAUAUUUUUCUUCAAAGGCUUAUAUAUUUGAAGGUACCUUAGGGAUGUCCGACAAAGACAGCUAUUUUUAUGCUGCCAUAGUUGCUGUAGUUACUGUUCAUGUGGUACUUGCUCUCUUUGUAUAUGUAGCGUGGAAUGAAGGUUCUCGACAGUGGCGGGAAGGCAAACAGGACUAG